AUGUCACGCAUCACCGCCCCCGUCGCGAAGCUCGCCCGCUCCAUCAACUCGGCCGCGACAGCCAGCCGCUCCUCCGGCCUCCUCGAGUCUCACUACAACGUGAACCAGGGCGCCGUCCUCAUGCCCAAGUACGCAGAGCUCCUCAAGAACCGCUCUGAAGACUCCACCCGCUCCCUCACAACAACCCACCGCCCAACCCCCCAACCAACCCGCACAUCUCCCGCCCACCGCCGCAUGCAGACCUUCUCCUCCUCUCCCGCGUCUGCCUCUCCCGCCCUCGCCUCAAUGGACUUCACCGUCCUCCCCGCCUCCUUCGACGCCGCCCCCGCCGCAAACGAGUUCGCCGGCAUGCGCAUGCCCCUCCUCCCGGACUCCUUCACCACAAAACACCAGUCCCUCUACGAGCAGACCCUCGCCGAGGACCUGCCCCUCUCCAAGCCCGAGAUCUCCGUCGUCGCCGCCAACCCGGACAACGUCACCACCGCCGCCGCCCUGACCGAGGUCGAGGCCUUUGGCGUCGACGGCGUCGAGCUCAAGUGGGCGCACGAGGGCGAGGCCACUGAGGACGCGCACCAGCCUGGUCUGAGGGAUCUGUGGAAGGGUCUCGUCGAUGACGUUGUUGGCAGGAAAGCUGCCCUCUAA